UUAGAGUCUUUCAAGUGGUAUUUGUUGUUGUUUUUCCACGUAAGUGUAUGGGGCGACUGCAGUGGAUAGUUGUGAAAUUGUGAACACGAGAGGUUGUCGUUAAAACAUCUCAAAAGACAGUCCACUUAAAUCGGAGACAUCAAGCGGAGGAGACCAUGUCGUCCGACAACGCUGCGGGGCCUCCGUGCUGCCUCUGCGGCCCCACGUGCCCGCUGGUACUUGUGGCCGUCCUGGGGGUGUGGGCGGCGUGGUACUGGCGAGACAAGCGCCGGGUGGCCGGCGCGACGGGCCGCUGGGUGCUCAUCACGGGCUGCGACUCGGGAUUUGGGCGGGCGCUGGCCAGGCGGCUCGACGCGGUCGGCCUGCGCGUCGUGGCGGCGUGCCUGGGCCCUGCCGGCGAGGAGGAGCUGAGGAGGUCGUGCUCGUCGCGCCUCGUCACGCUGCGUCUCGACGUCACGGACCCCGAGAGCGUGCAUGCCGCGGCCCGGCGGGUGCGGCAGGAGGUUGGCGAGCAGGGCUUGUGGGGCUUGGUCAACAACGCUGGCCGCAGCAUCCCCAUCGGCCCUAACGACUGGAUGACGACGGACGACUACCGCAGAGUGCUGGACGUCAACCUCCUGGGCAUGGUGGACGUCACGCUGCAGAUGCUGCCCCUGGUGAAGCAGGCUCGGGGUCGGGUCGUCAACGUGGCCAGUAUUCUAGGGCGGGUGUCCAUCGUGGGCGGUGGGUACUGCAUCUCCAAGUUCGGAGUGGAGGCCUUCUCCGACACCCUCAGGCGCGACAUGCGUGCGUUUGGGGUGAAGGUGUCCAUCGUGGAGCCGGGGUUUUUCCGUACGGCUGUCACUGACAAUUCCCUCCUCGAGGAGGAUCUGAGGAAGCGCUGGGCACAGCUGCCAUCUGUGAUGAAGGAAGAUUACGGCAGCGACUACCUCGACAAAUACAUGUGGCUGCAGAAAUCCAUUCUGGCUCGGCUGUGCGACGGUGACCUCUCAAAGGUCACCUGGUGCAUGGAGCAUGCCCUAGUCGCCACUCACCCACGCACACGGUACGGCGCGGGCUGGGAUGCCAAAAUCGUUUGGUUGCCGAUCUCCUAUCUCCCAACUUUCAUGACCGACUUUCUGCUGGCAAUGAUUCUGCCGCGUCUCGCCGUGGCCACAAAAGUAAGGCCCUGAACCGGAGCAGCGCGAGCUCCACGAGAUGUUAACUACCUCGCCUGGUAUACAAGAGGUCGUGGGUUUGAUCCCGACCCUGACGCCUGUUGCAUAUUUGGAGUUUGCAUGUUCUCUCUUUCUGUGGUGGCGUGCAUCUUUUUCUGGGUCCUCCAGUUUUUCCCUCCACAUUAUUUGGGUGCUAUAAAUUUCCAUAUAAGCCGCUUCAUUGAGCUUUUGUUUGUGUCGAGUGUGUUGUGCCGCUACCUUGCGUGUCCAGUGGUACCCUCGCAUGGAACGAUGGAUUGGUUUGUCGCAGAUUUAAGUAAAUCUUUCGCGUUUGCAUGAUGUUUGGGUGCCUCGCCAGAAGAUCCACAAGUCAUCGCUACUGAGCAAAACCGAUCUUAAAAUGUGCACGUAUAAAUUACUGUGCUGUAAAUCAAUCCCAUCGUGUAACCGACCCUUUAAAGUGGAAACGUCGCUUAAUAUUUUAAAAUGAAUUGAUAUUAAAAUGAAUAAACGUUAUCCAUUGUUGUACUGUACUUCUUUGCACCCCAGCCUUCGCCAACCCAUCUCGCCAAAUGGUGGCGAGAUGUUAACUGCUUUGCUUGUUAUACAGGAGG